AAGGCCGUCUGUGUCCGCGUUUACGCCUGGCGGCACUGCCCCGUUUGGCCAGCGCUUGGCUGGAGGGCGCUCGAGAGCCCGGCGCGCCCGCGGCCCGCAGCCCAGAAAGAGCCGGAGGAAGUGGUCAGCCCCGCCGCCGCGCGAGCGGGUCAUGGUGCUGCCGCGGCUGCUGCUCGGGACUGCGCACAGGGCGGUCCUCGGGUCUGUGGAGGCUGCACUCUGCGGUUUAACGUCAUUAAAGGGAAGCUGCCACAAUUUUUGUACUUCUGUUUAUAAAGAUGUCACUUAUAAGGAACUUAAAAACCUGUUGAGUUCCCAAAGCAUUAAGUUAAUUGAUGUUAGAGAGACAUGGGAAAUUCAUGAGCAUGGAAAAAUCCCGGGGUCUAUCAAUAUACCACUGGGCGAAGUAGGUGAAGCUCUACAGAUGAACCCAAGAGACUUUAAGGAGAAAUAUAAUGAAGUAAAGCCAUCCAAAUCUGACAGUCUAGUGUUUUCUUGUUUAGCUGGAGUAAGAAGCAAGAAGGCUCUGGACACAGCAGUAUCUCUGGGCUUUAACAGAUCUCAACACUAUGCUGGAGGAUGGAAGGAAUGGGUAUCUUAUGAAGUUUCAGAGAAGAAAUCAGGAAAUUGAAUUUUGGAACACAAGUUGGAUCUUUCCUUGUGUACAUGCAGCCUAAGAUGGUGAUAUGAGCAAAAGAAUAAUAAUCCAGUCCUGAUACCACUGGUUAUGGUAGGGUAAUCCUGUAUAAAUCCAUUACUUGUAGAAUAUCCUUCUCAUCUGUAAUUUGAGAAUACCACUCUCCCUUGCCUACUUUCAAAUGCUAUUGAGAAUUGAAAUGAUGUAUGUAAUUUGCCAUAGAAAUAUAAGGGCUGGGAUUCCAGGAUUAAUAUUAACAAAGAAUUAAUAUUCUUUAAGUAGUUUAGUAUAGUUCAGUAGUAUUCCAAAAAAACAGGUUAUCUGUAUUACUUAAUCACGUGUGACUAUGAGCUAAAAAAAAAAAAAAAAUCAAGAUUGUAGGACCCAGAGAAAUAGGGAAAUUUGAACAAUGAAAAUACAUUAAGCAUCCAAAGACUUAUAGCAGUGUUAUAACCAGCACUGUAGUUAUGUAAUUUGGAAUUUUAAAAUUACUAA